AUGUCAUUUUCAGAUGAUCGGCUCUGUCGCAACUGCACCAAGCUAAACCUGCAAGCAGUCUUCGACCCGGUCCGAUUUGACGGUCUUCCAGCCGUUGGCUCGGCUCAGAGUUACAAGACUAGCUGGACCAAAUACAUCCAACAUGUUGGCAACUGGAGACCGCUCACCCGAGAGGAGAGAAUUAGUCAAUACCCCCCAGGCAUGAUCCCAAGCUGUCCGUUCUGUGACUUGGUCUUCUCCAUCGGCUUCAACCUCACCCGCUAUCCGAUGGCUGAGAAGAAGAAAAUCAUGUUAGCGAUCCCCGCCAAUCUGCUCUACAAUUUUGCUGGGAAGGAGAAAGUGGCGAGUCGCGUGGAAGUCUCAGACUUUACCUCCGUACUCCUCCUCGUGAUGAAUCCCUCACACUAUAAGACAGCAUCCGCUCAGUACUUUGGCAAUACCAGUGCCGGUGGCGGCUUGACAGCGUGGAUCCGUUUCGCCCAUCGAGAGGCGCCGGGAAGUUUGGUCUCUCUUGCCUCCACCGCCAUCUUGGAGCCUGUUCAGCCCAUUCUAGAACUCCCAAUGCAAGCGAGAGUCUUACGCGAGGAGAGAAUCGACUACGACAAGUACACAUACCCCUAUCUGCCGGACGACCUUCCGCCAGUUAUCCAAGACGCCAUGAGGGCCACCAUCAAGCUCGGCUUCCGCUACAUCUGGAUUGACAGAUACUGCAUCUGGCAAGACGACGGAAUUCACAAGAUGAGUCAGGUGGAGAGGAUGGACCAGAUCUACGGCGACGCAGAACUCAGCAUCAUCGCCAUCGGCGCCAAAGACCCGAGCUAUGGGCUG